GUGAUCGUCAUCGAGUGACGUCACUCUCGGCGUGGCAGUAUAAAACCUCCUCUGACGCGCCCACCAAGAGCAAGAAUGACGAGCAACCUACCACCGACAAUCACUCCUGUACCAGCUGGUACGCCCCCCACAGAGUGGGCAAACAAAACCAAGUCCAUGUUCCAGUCCGACGUCGUUACCCCUGAUCCCGCCAUGAUGGCGACGCCCAAGCCUGAGCAACCUGAACACCCCGUCACAACCACGACGAACCUGAAUACCCCAGGUCACGAAUUUCCGGGUUCCUAUCCCAGGGAACUCGAGCAAGAGCAAGAGCGGCAACAACACACCCGCGGCAAUGGGUCUGAGGGCCCAGCGGGUGCCUCAGUUGUUCAAACAGCGAAGCAGUACAUCCAGGAACCUGUAGAGCGCAGCGUCGAGUAUGCUGGUCAGACAGCAGCCGCGUAUCUUCCUAUCCCUCAGGGCGUCAAAAACACAGUGGCUUCUUAUUGGUCCUCUGAUGAUGAUUCUCAGCCCAAAGGGACCCAGACGGACCAACACCUCUCUACUUCUCUUCCAAGUUCAGAGUUAAAGGGCGCCCAGCCUUGUGAACACGUUGGUGGUGUUGGUUCCCUGCCAGGAACUAUUUCAGAAUCAAGUGUUGCAUUGCUACCCGAUGAGCGGGCAGAGAAGUACGCUCAAACACCGGUCAAUUUGAAAAAGGACGACUCUCAAACACGAGGCAAUGAUCAAGUAAAGAGUGCCGCCUUUCUCGCAGGUACUGCUGCGGUUGCUGGGAAGCCAGAAUCUUCCAAUCUUUCGAAGGAUCCGUCCUCUCGGGCUGCGUCGACUCAGUAUAGGACGCAGACAGAGUCUCAGCAAUUGGACAAAUCACGUACAACUCAGCAAACAGAUCAGCGUCCUUCAAAGCUUUCCGAGCCAAAGCCUGUGUCCGUUGACAACAACCCGAAACACGAUGUGCCUGAAGGGGAACGUUCACAUGAUGCUGAGAUAGCUGGUGCUGGGGGGGCGGCCACAGGAGCGGCUCACAUACGUGAUAAGCCAUCAGACGAGACACCAGAGAGUAAGGCAGCCCAAACUGCCGUGGCAGGGGGUGCAGUAGGCGCCAGUGAGUUAGCGAAGGAAGCGCGCGUCGACGAUAAGGCUCACGAUAAGAAGGAAGCUCUUGCGAACCGUGACGGAGCCAAAGUGUCGCAGCAAUUUGGGGGUAAAGAGUUGGCUGAUGAGAAUAGGAAAGGUGACGUAGGCAAGGUGCCUGAUGACACGGCUAGCGACGAGGAUAUCAAACACACCCAUAAAGCUGGAGCGCACACAGCAGGUUACGAUACCGAUUACCACCCAGCGAAGCUGCAUCCGCCGCGCACUGUGGAAAGCACGGAUAAGGCUGAAGUUCAGUCUGGCUCUCCCGUGCCGCCAACAUCUGCGCCUCCAGCGAGCGUGGCAGACAGCCCCAAGGAACGUCGGGUGAGUUUCCUCGAUAGAAUCCGAGGUGAGGCAAAGAUAAUUGCUGGGAAGGUGAGCGGCAAAGAGGACAAAGUGGAAGAGGGUAAACGGAUGAUGCAUGGCGAAGUUUAAGCUACCGAGGAGCCGAGAUUGUUCUUCGUAUCUCAUACAAACCAAGUGUUGUAAUGUCUACCAGGCCUUAUGUGAUUCCUUGAUUCCUGUCCUUGGCUAGAUACCGUCGCACGACGUAACAGAACACAAC